UUUUUGCUUUUCUUACUGGAGGUAUUUUUCCAAUUAACAUAGUUGUGGUAUUUGCUUUCUGUUGCUACGUUACACUAAAAUUUGUAUUGCCAGCAAUAUUGGCCCAAACAAUUGGCUAUCUAAAUAUUGGCGAAAGAAUUUACCAAUACACUUCUACUAAGAAAGGAGCCAAAAAGAUUGAGAAAUUUAAAUUAAAUAAUUUUAAAAUAAAAACGGCAAAUAAAGAUAAAUUAGUGACGAUUGGAGACAGAUGGCCUUAUCAAAACUUUGGAGAAGAAAAUCCUAAAAAUAAAGUAGUUGAAGUAAUGACAGCUGGCCAUCAAUGCGAUGAGAAUAUGCGUGUACUUGUAGAAAUUAAUGGACAAAAAUUAAUUUGUCUUUUGGAUACAGGAGCUCAUAUUUCUUUAGUUGGUAAUAAAACAGCUAAAAGAUUAGGAAUUACAGACUUAUAUCAACUAGAUUGCAGCGGAGUUAUAGGAAUUGGAAAUAAAGUUAUACCCGCCAUCGGUCAAUCUGAGAUAAUUUUAAAAAUAGCAAAUAUUCAAAUUAAAAAGAAAUUAACAGUGGUGAAUGAUGUGUUGAGUAACAAUGGAACAUAUAGUGUUAUAAUCGGAAGAGAAUCUCUCAAGCAGUUGCCCCUCUUACUUAAUUUAAUGACGGGAGAAUUGAUAAAUACAAUGCGGAGAGAAUAUAUAUAA